UUCACUCUGGUGCACGUGGUUUAAAAUGUCUGCGCCCUUCCACUAAAUAAUGAUACAGACAAAAAUAUUGAAACAGCUAAACGUUUACAGCACAUAGCUACAUUAGAGCUGAGACAUCGCCAAGGUAAGGAAGCAAUACUUGACAGUACAGCAAUACAUAAACUGGUGUUAUUCCAGUGUAAUCGUGAUUAAUAAUAUAUAUUUUUUGCUCACUGAACUAGGCUGCUUGGACGGGGUUUUAUAAAAUGUAAUGUUGGCUAGGUAAAGUUACCACUCUCGAACGUGUUGCAUACACGUUCACUCAGCCCUGUCAAUGAUAGCCUACAUUAUUGGUAGACAGUGACAUUUAUUUAAAAAAUGUGGUCAUGCAUUGCAGGGAAUCUUGCUGAAGAUGUCAGAAACCAGCAAUGUCGUUGUACAAAAAGGCACCAGCAGCACAGUUCCCAGAGCUCUGAUCAUUCAAAUGAUGGCGGAAAAAUUCGAACGGCUGCCUGAACUUGACAGGUACGUUUUUGUAGGCCUAUGCCAUAGAGAAUGAUAGAGGUCUCUAGUUGCCAAAAUGCUGUGUUAGCAUGGGCAGCGCCACAGAGGGCAUAGACUAUUUUAAUGUAGUCAACUGGGUGGGACUUCCACUUCAUUGGCUGAACCCUCCUGGUGACCCUGUUGGAGUCAUAUCCAACCAGUUCAUCAGGAGGGAUCAGCCAAUCUUGAAGAAGAGCAUUUACUAAUUCAAAAUGGAGAUAGCUUCAAUGGUGCUGCCCAUGCUGUCACAGACACUAUAGAUGGGUCAGCUAACAACUUCACGAAAACUAUGCACACGCUUCUGGCGCAGAAGUCUGUGUGUUGUUGUGAUUCUGGAUGGCCAGAUCGCUUGCAGUAGUGAUGGGGAAACUAAGCUUCCUGAAGCAUAGUUUAACACGUGUCUGUUUUGUUGCUAAACAACCAACCUGUCUAUAAUGGCACAGGUACAAAGAUGAGUCGUCCAUUUCUAUGGUCUAUGCCUAGAGUGUUAAUUGCCUUGACAGCCUUUUGCAUUUUGCUCUCAUAACAUUAACAACCUAUGAAAUAUCACUGUUGUUCUACAGGAAAAUCUUCACCUAUGGCCCCAUGUACCUGGGAGGUAAUGGGGCAUUUGCAGGACUGAUUGCCAACAGCUUAUACAGGAGAGCACUGAAUGUCACUCAAGGGCGUUUUACAUCAAAUCUCCCAAUGGCUGUCCUACCAUUCUUGACAACAGUGGCCAUGUAUAAUGUAGCUGUAUCUAAACCAUUAAUGUCUGGUGAGUGUGUAGUUGUUUUAGUUGCAAUUCAAGUUUUCUACAAUAUUUUAAUUGUUUCUGAAUUGAAUCUGACAUUCUUAAACUCAUUCAGGUGACCUUAACUGUCCAACCUGUGUCCUGAUAAGAGGUGCCCUUGUCGGCGCAGUUGGUGCUGGUGUAUAUCCUAUUCUGUUGGCUUUGCCUGUGAAUGCAGGCCUUGCAACCAGGUAUGUGCAACUCUUUCCAGUAGGUUGAAGUUGCCCCUAGACACUGAUCUUGGGUCAGUUUUUGCAUUUCCCCCACUGGUUAAGGUUAGGAUUGGGGGAAGGGAAACUGAUCCUAGAUCUGUACCUUGUAAAAUUAACCCCUGAGCAUGUAUCAACCACAAAAAGGUUUAAUCAAUGUGCUUGGCUGACUGAAUUUGCAUAAUUAUGCCAUUCUAAUUAUCUGACAGGUACAACACUACACCAAUGCCAGAAAAGGGAAACGUCCUCCGUUUUUGGAUCAACAUUACCCAACCAAUCCUGAGGAAAAUGGGUGUUGUGAUAGUGCUACAGGUGUUCUUUGGCACCUACCUAAGCUCCAGACACUUUGACAGCUACUUGAAGUUGCUUCAGUUGUCCACAUCAAAUGGCGAGGAGCUUGUGGAUUAAAACGGUAUCAAACUAACCUAAAUGUGCUCUGUAUUUUUAUUUUCUUGAGUCCUUGAAUUACAUGGACAAACAUUUAUCUGGAUAAUCGUAAUGUAAUAAGACUAAAUUAUAUCAACGCUAUCGCUGGAAUAAAUGUACAUUUAUAUGCAAUGUCAAAGGGCAAAACGAAACCAUGGGGAUACUGCAGAUUGUCAUUUUUUCCGCUGUUUGCAAUGGCGUCAUUUACAGCUGUAUCACAGAGGAGUAGAGGCCCAUUCAUAAUUGUAAUUCAAGUGGAUGGCAGCAUUCACAUUGCAACGAUAACAAAAAACAUGGACUGAUAACAAUAGCUAGGAUUUGAAUAUUGUCUAGAGUUCUAAUUCCAUGGUCUAUAUGUUACUUGCUCAAAGUGAUGCAAAAUCAUUUCUGCAAUGCAUUGUAAUUAUGAAAUUAGAUUUAACUACUAAGGUAAUGGAAUCAGCAUUGCGCUUAACUUCCUUCUUUGCAAUUGGAACAUUGAUAAUUAAAUACUAAAACAUGUGCCUGUAAAAUUUGCCUAAAGUACUUUAGAAUCUAGUACCCGGCUGAAGUUAAAGCAAUCCCAGUGUAUGUAUGUAUGUAUGUAUG